UGAGGUAUUGGAAUCUCUUGGGGUUAUGAAAAUUGCAACAUAUAUGAUGGGAUCGGCUCGGCACCAGUGUGCAAAUGAUAAUGGGAAGCGUGGUAGGGCUGAUCAGGUGGACGAUCCUGACUAUAUACUAUCAAAUGAUGAGGAUGGUCAUGGCUAUAACAGUGAGUCUGAUGACUCUUUCAAGCAAGAUGACAUAAAGAUACCACCAGGUGGUCUACCAGCACAAUCGCAUAUAGAGCCACAAUGUGGUGCAACUCUGAUCCCUGAGAGGGUCACCCGAUCAACACCUCAUCCUAGCAUGGAAAGCCAAGCCUCACUGCCUCCCAUUGCUCAGCCACAAAAUGAGGUGCUACCUGAGAACAAUGGCGAAAUCAAUAGACCUACCCGUGGACCUACGCGAGGCAUUCAAGCUCAGGGACUCAUUGACAAACAAGGAAAGCUUCCAGUUCCCAUUCCACAACUAUUCCGUGCGCCGGUAGGAAAGCAUGCUACUCAAUUGGCAUCAAGGAUUGGUGUCGAGGUUCGCACACAUGCGAUAAACGUUGGCGUCCCUAGGUGGAAGGCAGUAGAUGAGAGUGAUAAAGCGCCUAUACUUCAGCGUAUAAUGGUAAACUCUGAGUAUUUCCAGCAGUUAAUCUUUCAUUUGCAGUACCUCUUUUUCAUUUGCGGCUGCUCUCUUUCAUUUGCAGCACACGAUAAGUUUGACUUGCCAGGAGAUCCAAUCGAUGUUGAAAAGGCAGUGGCAACACAAUGUGUACGGAGGUUGAGCAAUCACAACUUCGCUUUGCACAAAAAGUACAAGAAACUUAAAGAAACGACGGGGGAAGAGUACGCUAGAAACAACCCACCAGCUUGUGUCAAUCCAGAGUAG